CUCGCGAGAGAGGGCAGUGGACGUGUGACAUUUCAAGAAACGUGCCGGGUUCAUCCGUGCAGUGAUUUCUUGGUCGUGCGCUUGGGUGGGAGGUGUUAAAAGUUGUGCUGAUAUUCUUUGUGGAUACAUCAACCGUAGAUUUUGAUGAAAGAUGGAGACACUUCUUGAAAUGGGGUUUCCAAAAAACAGAGCAGAAAAGGCUCUUGCCAUGACUGGACACAAGGGAGCUGAACCUGCAAUGGAAUGGCUCCUGUCCCACUCGGACGACCCGACCAUUGAUGACCCCAUCCCAGAGGAUGCUGCUACGGCCGAGGGUCAGGGGGAGCAGGUUCAAAGGGUUCUAACUGCGGAAGAAAAAGCUCAAAAAGCGAAAGAAUUGGAAGAGAAAAUCAAGGCGAGAAGAUUAGAGAGGGAGGAAAAGGAGAAAAGGGAGGCGAUUGAAAAAGAGAAGAAUAGGAUGGCUACAGGGAAGCAGAUUGUAGACGCCAAGAGACGAAUGGAAGAGUUGGAGAUGAAGAAAAUCGCAGAGGAGAGAAGGCGAGAGAAGAUUGAGGAGCGGCUGGCCAGGGAACGGGUCAAGAAGCAAAUUGAGGCUGACAAAGUGGCGCGGCGACAGAAGUUCGGAAUGGAGACGCCAGAGGGUGCGGCGGCUGCAGCGCCCCCGGCUCCGGCUGCGGCUGCCGCCCCUGCCGCCCCUGCCGAGGCGCCCGCCAAGAAAGAGUACUCCAUGACCAGACUACAGAUCCGGCAGAUGGACGGCUCGGCGCUCACCACCUCGUUCGCCGCCAAGGAAGCGCUGGCGGCCGUGCGGCUGUACGUGCAGAUGAACCGCACCGACGGCUCCGGCGAGUUCACGCUCGGCACGGCCUUUCCGCGGCGCGUCUUCACGGCCGAAGACUACGAGAAGCCGCUCGACUCGCUCGGUCUGGUGCCGUCGGCCGUGCUCAUCAUCUCGCGGCCGGCGUGA